AUGUAUGAGAUGUUGGUCGGGCAAUCACCGUUCCAUGGUGAAGGCGAAGAUGAGCUGUUCGAUUCCAUCCUGAACGAGCGACCAUACUUCCCCAAGACUAUUUCCAAGGAAGCCGCCAAAUGCUUGAGCGCUCUGUUCGACCGCAAUCCGAACACACGACUGGGAAUGCCCGAAUGUCCGGAUGGUCCCAUUAGGCAACACUCUUUCUUCCGUGGUGUUGAUUGGAAGCGAUUUGAGACUCGACAAGUCCCACCGCCAUUCAAGCCAAAUAUCAAAUCCAACUCGGACGCGUCUAAUUUCGACGAUGACUUCACGAAUGAGAAGGCAGCGCUGACGCCGGUGCACGACAAGUCUCUGCUGGCUUCCAUCGAUCCGGAGGCUUUCUUGAACUUCUCCUACACAAAUCCACAGUUCCUCUGA